AUGUCCAACUCAAAGGAACCGACCAGCGUUCCUGUCCUCUCAAAGGACAAUUACCCAGCAUGGUCUCGAAAGAUGAAAGCAUACUUCUUUCUGCAUGACCUCUAUGAACUUGUACUCGGCGAAGACCUCAAACCUACAGAAACGGAUGACCAAUCGAAGUGGAUCAGACGACAAAGGCAGGCGGCCGCCGCCAUCACAAUGUCAAUCGACGAGACCAAUGCAAUCCACAUUGAUGAUAUCAGCGAUGAUCCUGUUGCAAUGUGGAAGAAACUCGCUUCCAUGCACAAUAACAAGACGCCUGGUACUCGUUUCAAUGCCAUGGACUCAUUAUUCGGAGUCACAAAGGAAGAUUCCGAGGACCUGGCCGAGCUCAUGACUCGCAUCAAUGGACUACUUCAGCGUGUGAAGCAACUUCGGCCAACAGACUACAAGAUUACUGACCUUGACGACGAGUUGGCAAUCAUGGCCAUGCUCCGCGCCCUUCCUGACAAUUACCGCCAUCUUCGCUCCUCGCUUCUCUGCCAAACAAACAUCACCCGUGAAGUGGUCGAGGAAGCCUUCCGAGCUGAGGAUAAUCAACGCCGACAUGAGCAACGAAGCCAGGCCACCGCCCUGCGAGUUGCCACACCUAAUCAGAACCGGACAAAUGGUCCGCCGCAACAUUUCCGUCCAAAGCCCAGCGCCACCGACCGCACACCUGGAGCGCUGUGCACUUUCUGUGGGAAGAAGAACCACACCGAGGCCCAGUGCUUUGCCAAGGCCGACGCAUCGCGCCGUCUCAAGCACGAAGCAGCACGUGUUGCAGAUACAUCUACUGGACCUGCUACUGCCAAUGCAACGAAUGCAAGUAACCCUUCUCUCCCCUCGUUAGCUAGGUCUGACCUGAAUGCCGAUACAGGGGCCACUCGGACAAUGAUGAGUGACAAGCGAUACUUUACUACGCUUUGCCCUUCGGUCAGGACAAUUAAACUAGCUAAUGGAGAGAGGAUAUUCUCGAAAGGAGAAGGGGAUAUUGUGUUUCAGCCAUGGAUAGACGGCUCCUUUAGCUCUGAUCUCAUCACUUUUCCUAAUGUGCUCUUUGCCCCUGAUCUCGAAUCAAAUCUUGUCUCAGUACUCUCAAUGGCCCGCAAUCAGGGUUAUGAAAUUCGCAUCAAUUCCAAGCAAAUGGAAUUCUAUAUCGACAAUAAGCUACGCAUGACAGCUCGAAUUGAUGCUAAUUGCGUUGCUUACCUUGAUGGACGAGUUCUCACAUCCGAAAAGGCAAAUGCUGCGAGCACAGUGAAACUAGACCGUUCACUGUGGCACCGUCGCCUGGGCCACUAUCACCACGAGGGAGUUGAUACAUUAAUCCGUUGGGCCCUUCCAAAUGACUACUUCGCCACACCAGAGCAGAAUGGAUGGGUCAAGCAAGCGAACCGAUGGAUAGCUGAAGGGACAAUCGCUAAACUUACAGAAGCGAAUCUUCCAUCAUCUUUUUGGGGGUUCGCUGCCCUUGCCACUGUCCACGAGUUCAAUCGUGCCCGAGUUCACAAUGGAAAGACACCAUAUGAACACUGGCAUGGUAAAGCUCCCAGUGUCGAUCACCUUCGAGUAUUCGGAUGCCUUGCCUAUGUCUUCGUCCCAAAAUCACAGCGGAAUGCUCUUGAUUCGCACACUGAGAAGUGCAUCUUCGUGGGGUACCCAUCUGACCGCCCUGGCUGGGUGUUCUGGAACCCACAGACACGAAAGAUUAUACACAGUGACAGUGCUGCAUUCGAUGAGAGAGUCUUUCCAGGCACGUCACUCGCAAAGGAAUCAAUUCCAAACCUCUCCGACUACAUCCAGCUACCAGAUCUCAAGGAAAUCAAUAUCUCUCCAUCUUCCAUUCCACCUCUAAACUCUCACCCUCCUGUUCACGUUGCAGGGAGACCUGUACUUGCACCCAUACCGCCCGAGCCUACGCCUGAGCCUGUCCCUCCGCCAGUACCAGCACUGGCACGGCCUAAACCCACAGCUUCACAGCGUCUGAGUCGUGAGCUUCGAGCACUCACCGAUAAGACCAAUUUCGAGAAGGUUCCUACAAAUCUCCCAGCGCAACGACACACAGUUGCGCGUCAGCCAGGCACUUUGACUGAAUCUGACUCAGAUCUCGAAUUAAAUGAGAGCUCAGAUGAAGAUAAUGUCCAAUUAGCCACAGAAGAUGCGCCCCUACCCUCGAAUCCCAGCUCUUAUGUGCCAACUAAAGCUCGACGCUGGAGACCCAAGCCGAACUUCAAAGCGCCCGACCAUAUUCUGAUUCCCAUUGUCGAUGGUGUCGAAGCUGCUUUAAACACGUCUACAAGCCGCGAGCCAACAACACUGGGAGAAGCUCUGAAACGCCCUGACGGCGACAAAUAUGUCCAAGCGGCUAUAGAAGAGGUCAGAGCUCACCUGGAAAACGGCACGUGGAAGCUUGUGCGACUCCCCAAGGCAAAAGGCUAUCGGCUCGUUGGGUAUUCAAGAUCAAACGGAUAUGCACAACGAGAGGGAAUCGACUACACAGAGACCUUUGCACCAACAGCUCGCUUUGGUGCCCUUCGCACCAUCAUAGCACUUGCAGCGCUUGAAGACUGGGAGCUAGAGUCAGUAGACAUAUCAACCGCCUUCCUCAACGGUGAGAUUGAUGCAGAGGUCUACAUGCAAAAGCCAGAAGGUGUCGAGUUCGAGGGCUAUGAAGGCACGAGCUGGGUGCUUCAACUUCUCAAGGGCCUCUAUGGAAUCAAACAAGGCCCUCGCAUCUGGUCUGUGAAGCUACACACUGUCCUAUCAGAAAUUGGAUUCAAACGUCUCGAAAGCGAUCACAGUGUCUUCAUCUAUGAACGCGACAGUGUGAAGAUCAUUGUACCAGUCCAUGUCGAUGACUUACUGCUUGCAUCAAAGUCAUCCGAAGCCAUUCAAAUGGCGAAGGAUGAGCUCAAAGCACGCUUCAAGAUCCAUGACCAAGGCCCUACCUCAUUCCUACUUGGUGUCAAGCUUGAGCGCGAUCGCCAAUCCCAUACCAUCUCCCUCUCUCAACCUGCGUACAUUGAACAGAUUCUUGAAACCUACAAAAUGCAGGACUGUAAUGGCGCUGACACGCCUAUGGCUGAAAAGCCGCUCCUCUCCACCAAGGAUUCACCACAAACUGAGCAGGAGAAGUUGGAAAUGCAGAAUUUACCCUAUCGAGAGGCCCUUGGAAAGCUCAUUUACCUCGCCACUGCCACUCGACCAGACAUCUCAUAUGCUGUGGGGGUGCUCUGUCGGUUCAGCGAGAACCCUGGACAAGCACAUUGGCUAGCUCUCAAACGGAUACUGCGAUAUCUCCGCAAAACAACAAACUACAAGCUCACCUACGGCCUUAAACCCGACUCCGAUGAACUGUUCAUAACACAUAGUGAUGCCGAUCUGGGUGGAAAUGCCGAUAAUACCCGCUCAACAGCCGGUUUUGUCAUGUCAAUCGGUGGUGGCGCUGUAAUGUGGAGUAGCCGACUCCAGCGCCACACAUCACUAUCAUCAACAGAGUCGGAGUAUACAACAGCCUCCGCUACCGGGUGCGAAAUGAUCUGGAUGCGGUCAUUCCUCGAUGAAAUUGGCUACGACAUUGCGUCCUACCCAUCCACCUUAUUUGUUGACAACGCCUCUGCCAUCCAAGUUGCCAAGAACCCAGAACACCAGUCCACUAUGAAGCAUGUUCACCCCGUCAAUGUUGCCGACAUCUUCACCAAACCACUAGGCCGCAUCAAGUUUGAACAGUUUGUCAAAAUGCUCGGUCUGAUCCCUCACCCACAUGCCCGUACUCAGUCCAUGCGCUAA